AUGGCCACCGCUUCCCACCCUCCCUCCGCCACCGUUGACCACCACCAACCACCGCCAAUGCUUACCGAUUUUCAAGCUACUGUCAAACUCAAGUAUGUCAAGUUAGGCUACCAUUACUUAAUCACCCACCUUCUAACACUUUCUCUCCUCCCUCUCAUUGCUAUCACCGCCGUCCAUGCCACCCAACUGAAUCUUGAUGACGUCAACAACCUCUAUGCUCACCUGCAAUACCACCUCUUCGCCGUCAUCGGAGUCAUUUGCAGCGCCGUCAUCGGCUUUACCACCUACCGUUUGACCAGGCCAAGACCGGUGUACCUCGUUGACUAUUCUUGUUACCGGCCGCCGGACCACCUGAAGGUCAAAUACCAAGUGUUCAUGGAACAUUCUAGACUUCACGGCGCCUUCAACGAGUCGUCGUUGGAGUUCCAACGUAAGAUCCUUGAACGUUCUGGUCUCGGAGAGGAGACUUAUCUCCCGGCGGCGUUACAUGAGAUCCCGGCGGCUCCGUCGAUGGCCGCCGCUAGAGAAGAAGCGGAGGAAGUUAUGUUUGGUGCUCUUGAUAAUCUCUUCAAAUCGACGGGAAUCAACCCGAAAGAUAUCGGAAUCUUGGUGGUUAAUUGCAGUCUUUUCAACCCAACUCCGUCGUUAUCCUCCAUGAUCGUUAACAGAUAUAAGCUCAGAGGAAACAUCAGAACGUUCAAUUUGAGCGGUAUGGGUUGCAGCGCCGGUGUAAUCGCCGUUGAUCUAGCGAAAGAUAUGUUGCAAGUUCACCGGAAUACUUACGCCGUCGUCGUUAGUACGGAAAACAUUACCCAAAACUGGUAUUUCGGUAACAAAAAGUCAAUGCUGAUCCCAAACUGCUUAUUCCGAGUCGGUGGCGCCGCCGUCCUGUUAUCGAACAAGUCCGCCGAUAAACGCCGUGCAAAAUACAAGCUUCUUCAUGUUGUCCGAACCCACUGUGGAUCGGACGACACCGCAUUUAACUGCGUCUACCAAGAACAAGACGCCGCCGGAAAAACCGGUGUUUCACUGUCGAAAGAUUUAAUGGCGAUCGCCGGCGGUGCAUUAAAAGCAAACAUCACCACCUUAGGUCCACUGGUUCUUCCAAUCAGCGAACAGCUUUUGUUCUUCGCGACCCUAAUCGCGAGAAAACUAGCGAACACUAAAAUGAAGCCAUAUAUACCUGAUUUUAAGCUGGCGUUUGAUCACUUUUGUAUCCACGCCGGCGGGAGGGCGGUGAUCGACGAGAUGGAGAAGAAUUUGCAGCUGACGGCGGAGCACGUCGAACCGUCAAGAAUGACGUUGAACCGGUUCGGUAACACUUCCUCCAGUUCGAUUUGGUACGAGUUGGCUUACACUGAAGCGAAAGGGCGGAUGAGGAAAGGGAACCGGGUUUGGCAAAUUGCAUUCGGAAGCGGGUUAAAGUGCAACAGCGCGGUCUGGGAGGCGGUUCGAACCGUUAAACCGGCAGCUAACAAUCCUUGGGAAGAUUGCAUCCAUAAGUAUCCUGUCGAAAUAGUAUUUUAAAUUUAUUUAAGGGAAAUAAGUCGAAAUAGUUUUUUUUUUCUCAUAAAUUAUUAUUUUAAUCAUUUUUCUUCUUGAUUUAUUCAAAUAUUAUUACCUCCGCAAAUGACACCUUCUCAUUUAUGAGCCUAAAUACCAGUAAAAAAAAUCAGAUUCAACCGCAAUUAACAAGGUACCACUUGCUAACUGAGGUUGAAUUUGAAUAUUUUUUGUCUUUUAGUUAGGUCUACAGAUAGGGAAGUGUUUGUUACGGAGGUAAUAAUAUUUAAGUAAAUCAGAUAAAGAAAUGGUUAAAAGACUGAUUUAUGAGAGAGAAAUGACUAUUUUAACUGAUUUGACUUUAUUUAGUUAGUAUUUUAUAAAUUUUAUCAAAAAUAGAUAAAAGGGAAAAUUGGGGUGGUUUUAGCAAAAGUCUGUUUUUUAUGGUUUUGUUUAUUUACUCCUUCGGGGGAUUUAUUGUAAUUUUUGAGUGGCAUUUAUUUAUAUGGAAAUUAAUUUUCUUUUGUGUUUUA